UUGGUUUUCUCAACUUGGUACUCAAAUCGGUACUCAACUUGGCAACGCGAUCAAAUCGUUCGUACCUGAAAACAUCAUACGUGAUAGACAAGUUCUAUCCGCUUUUGAUCAUGUGGAUGAUUUGAUAAAUGAUACAAUAAAUCGUACUGAUCUUCACCCGGAACUUAAUCUGGAUGCUACUGAUAGAAAAAAUUUUAUCCGUGAAGCUUUUGCUAAAUAUAUUGGUGUUGAUAUCAGUGAAGUCCAUCCUGAUGAUAUUCCAACCAUGGCAUUUAUGGGAAGUGGUGGUGGAUUUAGAGCAAUGAUAGUUGUCACUGGCCUUAGUGGUAGUUGUUGGAAUUUGGCAAUGAUGUAUACCUCUCUGGCUCGUAGCUCCAACAAUCACCCACUUGAUGAAGUAUUGGAUUACUAUAGAAAGAAACUUACUCAUAGUAUCACUGAUGUUCGUGGUGUUUUUAGAGAACUCGCUAGCAACGUUAAUCCUAAAGCUGCUGUAGCACAUUGCUUUGGUGGCUUGCACCAGAAAAAAUUGACUGAGGCUAAAGUAAGAAUUAUGGAUCUAUUUGGUGCAUUGUUGGCUACAAAAAUAAUGUUAGGUCCGGACGCAACAAAUCAGCAUAAUGAUUUCAAAUUGAGUCAACAAGCGAAAUAUUUUGAGGUUCGUCCAUGGAAAGAUUCUCUUGAUGAAGCAGAACAGGCUUUGGUCGAAAAUUAUGCUGAAGUUUGGGCAAAAUAUAAAGAAGUGGAUGACCAUUUUCAAUGGUAUGAAGUUACUCCCUAUGAAAUGGGAACUGAAGAAGUUGCUGCAUACAUUCCCACAUGGGCAUUUGGUCGAAAGUUUGAAUCGGGUAAAAGUAUUACUAAAACACCUGAACAAAACCUUAGUUUAAUGAUUGGUGUUGAUUUUAAUUUGUUGUUUAGUUUAUUCGGAUCUGCUCCAUCUGCACCUCUUCUUUUCGAAAUCAAUCAGCUUGAACUGGCUCUUGGAAACGGAUGGGCUAAAACUGAAUUUAAGAACUUGUAUGAACAUGCAAUGAAAAAAAUGGGUGAAGAUCAACAACGUAUUUUUGAAGGUCACCAACCUGUACCACCUCCAAAAAAUCAUAACUUCCUUUAUCAUCUUGAUCCUCCACCAUAUAAACUUGGUGUUACGAAUUCAAAAACUCUUAGUCUUAUGGAUGCAGGUGUAUCCAAUGACUCACCGGUUUAUCCAAUGACUCGUCCUGCUAGAAAAAUUGAUAUCGUUAUCGGUUUUGAUUGUUCUAGUGUUAUUGUUGGUCGUGAAUUAUUUGACAAAGAACAAAAAGAAUUUUGUGCAACUAGAGGAUUUGAACAUAUUGAACGUGAUAAAACCAACCAAUAUUGUGAAAUUCAUGAUUAUACACCAAAUGGCAAAACUAAUGGUUAUUGCCCACCUGCAGAACAUCCAUUUACAAUGUGUUAUUUCCCAUAUUUACCUAACGAUAAAGUUGAUCCAAAAUUUAUACCAGCUACUGAAAAAUUCAUGGCUUUUAAUAAUUUCACUUAUACCACUGAACAAGUUAACAAAACUAUUCAAUUAGCUAAACAAAAUUGGAAAGAUGGUGAACAAAAAGUUAAAGAAGUUGUUAUUGAAGUAUGGAAAAAGAAGAAAGCUGCUAGAUUGA